AUGGAUGAUGCGGAAAAGCAAACCCCAGUAGAAGCACAAAGACCAAAAACCGACGGCCAUGAAUACACAAUCACCACGUCAACAAAAAUGGCCUGUUUAGGUCUCUACUUCCUCAUGAACCUAGGUCUCACCCUCUACAACAAAGCCGUACUCGGAAAAUUCAACUUCCCUUGGUUGUUGACAACUUUCCACACUUCCUCUGCAGCACUAGGAUGUUGGAGUAUUAUGCUCAUCGCGCCUGAGCAACUUAAACUGUCUCAUGUGGGAAGGCAAGAGCAAAUGGUAUUGGUGGCGUUCUCGGUAUUGUUUACAGUCAACAUUGCCAUCAGUAAUGUAUCACUGGCAAUGGUUUCCGUCCCCUUCCAUCAGAUCGUCAGGUCUACGACUCCAGUGGCUACAAUCUGCAUAUAUCGAUACCUAGGACGCAGUUUCGGGACCGCAACCUACAUCUCGUUGAUUCCCAUCGUCGCGGGAGUGGGUCUCAGUACCUAUGGAGAUUACUACGCUACGUUGCUGGGAGCUUCAUUGACGUUCCUGGGAGUCUUUCUGGCGGCGCUGAAGACAGUGGCGACGAAUAAAUUGCUCACUGGCAGUCUCAAACUUCCUGCUUUGGAAUUGCUGCUGCGCAUGUCACCGCUCGCUGCUGUCCAAAGUCUGCUGUGGGCCACCGCAACAGGCGAAGUCUCUGCUUUCCUCAGCUUCACCGCUGAAGGUCAUCUCAGCAAAGCACUCAUUCUUGCACUACUGGGAAACGGCUUCUUGGCUUUCUUGCUGAAUGUCACCAGUUUCCAGACGAAUAAAUUGGCGGGAGCAUUGACGUUGAGUGUUUGUGGCAAUGUCAAGCAGAUCUUGACAGUGAUCUUGGGGAUUGUGCUGUUUGAUGUUGUGGUCAGGCCGAUGAAUGCUUUUGGCAUGGUUGUUGCAUUGGGAGGUGCGGCGUGGUAUAGUAAGGUUGAGUUGGAUGUUAAGAGGGCUGGUGCUGCGAGGUCUUAG